AUGUAUGUAACAAGGCCUCUUUCUCUAUACAGAGACUCUUCGGUUUCGGCCUCGGCUUCGGAAGAAGGUCCAAACACAGGGGUUUUAGUAAUGGAAGAUGAAGGUUUGGAAAAGAGAUGGUUUUGUGGGAAGGUGCUGCCGUUCCCUCAGAACAAGAUAUUGGAGCUUUGCUAUGUGAGGGGCCGCUCUGCGAAUAGUCAUUGCUUUGAGGCAAUGGUGAUUCCAGUUAUAAAUCAGCUGCCUUCCAAUACUAUAUCAUCCAUUCUCAUUCCUAUCGCACUGCUGGGUAUUUCAUUUCUGUUUUUGCUUCUUUAUUCUGAAAUUCUAACUAUUCUUUUAAAUUUCAAUUUUAGUUUGAAAAGUUUUGUUGUCUUUAACAAUGCAUCAUUCUCUUUUAACUACAGGCUAAUAUAUACGAGUUCAAAGGAAGAGGACAUGUGCAGCUGUUGUUGCGACAACAUUAUUCAAGAUAUACGACCACAACUCUUCGACCCAAGAAACGUUUAUCAACAAUUCCAAAUUAAUUAUUUUACUGAAAGUCUCCAUAAUUUUAAGGCUAAGUCAAUGGCUCCCGAUGGGGUUCCUCCAUAUUUGCUGAGACAGGUUUGGAGAGCUCGUACCAAGACUCUUAAAAACUUCAAGGCCACACCAGCACUAGGCGUCAACGCUGCUCUACGAGCUUGCUUCCCGAACCUCGACUCUGCAGCCAACCCAGUGGUGGUGGGGAAAUGGUACUGUCCUUUCAUUUUCAUUCGUGAAGGAGAGGUUGGUGCCCAAAUGAGGGACUCGGCAUACUAUGAAAUGACUCUCCAACAGAACUGGGAAGAGAUACAUGGAUGCUACAAUGAUGAUGAUAAUAAUUAUGACAACAAUGGUCACGUGGCAGUGGAUGUUUCGGUUAGGAGGGAGACUGUUUUAGUUGGAGGCGUGUCGAUGGCGACGAAGAGGGUAGCGGUUUCCGACGGGGUUAUGUGGUUUGGUGCGACGUUAGAGUUGGGGUUGAGCAUGGCGAUUGUGGAGAGGAUGAAGUGGGAAGAGGAGAGAGUUGGGUUUGUGUGGGGAAAAAGUAAUGAAGAUGGGGAGAUAGAGAGAGUUGUGAGAAGAGAAGAGUUUAAAGGAAAGGGAAUGUGGAAGAGAUUUAGGUGUUAUGUUUUGGUGGAAAGGUUUGUGCUCGAGAGAAUGAAUGGAACUUUGGUUCUUACUUGGGAAUUCAGACAAACUCAUCGAAUUAGAACCAAAUGGGAAUGAAAAAAAAGGAAGAAUAAAAUAGAAAAAACAUCUAAAAGAUUUCUUAUCUUUUAAA